UCAACUUUAAUUUUCUUUAUUUUAGGCACAAAUUCAGUAUUCGCUUGAAAUAAUUAAAAAAAAAAAAUGGACGGAAACUGAAGAUUUCUUCUCCUCUCUUCUCUUCUCUUCUCUUCUGUUGAGAGGUGUUGACUUUGAUCAUCAGACUUCUUCUAUUUGAAGUUUUACUACUGAAUUAACUUCUCUUUGAUUUUUUUUUAAAAUUUUGUUUUAGUGACUGUAAGGGAUUUUGGUGUUUAUGAUGAUGCUCUGCUUAUUUUGUUGAAAUAUUACUAGUUUUAGUAUGUGUGCUCUCUCUCCCUCUCUCUGUGUGUGUUAGCGGUUGGUUAUUACUAAUAGUUAUUUAAUUAUUUGGGUUAUUAUCGCAAUUUUCAAUGCCUAGGGUUUGUUCCUAAGCUAUUGGAAAUCUGUUCGAAAUAAAUGAAAAAUAUGACAUAGAUUUUGGUAUAUGUUUCUGCAUUUGGGAGCUAAGAUUCUUGACAAACCUAGGUUGCUUCUUUGGGGCUUUUCCUUUUCAAAUGGCAUACUAAUUUCAUUUAUUUUGUGUUGAAGACUUAUUAGUUUCAAUUGCUUGGUUAAUUUAAAUUUUGGAAGUUAAAUUUUGUACUAUGUUUAAGUCAAAUGUCAAAUAUUGUAUGUGGUAAUUGAUAGCCCUAUUUCUGUUUGAUGAACUGAAAAAACAGAGGUACAAUGUGUAUGUUUCUUCACCAGAUGCUUAAAUUUACAUGAAUUUUGGUAACUUUUCUUGAAUGAGCUGUAGAAUGGUUGCGAAUGGCAUGGCGGAUGUUACAUCUGAUAUCGCUGAGGAUGACGGGGCGUUUCAGAAUGCCAUGAUCGUGUCGUCUGAAGUGGAUACGAGCUUAGCAUACUCUUCGGAGAAGUUGGCAAACUUGGAGAAUCUUCUACUGCACGUCUUAGCUGUGGAAGUUGACAUCGGUGAUGUCAAUUUCAGGGAUGAUGACAUCUCAGGGGAAUUCUUCGAAAAGGCUUUCACGUUUGAUCUGCUUUAUGCCAUACUGAAUUUUGAACUGAAAGGGCUUGACCAUCUAAUGGCCGGCCUUCAGGAUCUCACCGUGGACGCCCUUAAUAAGAUGUCUUCUAGCGACGAUUCAACGCAAGUCGCAGGAAAAUUGCACGGUUCUGAGAGUGUACUAAAACGAUUCCAAGAUCGUGUUCUGAGGAUCAAGAUACAAUUAGCUAAGUUUCAGUUGACGUCGUUCGUUUUCAACAAAAGCGAAUAUAAGCAUGACUGGGAUUUGGGUGUCAAGGAAGAACUUCAUCUUGCACAGGCAGAAUGGAAGCCUCAAAUGCGGAUUGUUGAGCAAAGACGUGUUCUCAGAAUGCUGGAGAUCUCUCUUGCGAGAGAGGUGGAGCUCGAAAAGAAGCUGAUGGAGGUCAGACAAAACGAAGAAGAUUUCAAGUCGAAGAUAUGCUUACGAGAGCAAGUUGCUGUCGCGAUGGAGGAGGCAGCAGAGGCCGCGUGGGGUAGCUUCUUGGAGGCGGAUAACAGAGCUGAAGUGCUGAUGGGAAUUUCAAAAGAAAUGAUGUUGAAACUUCAGUUUGUCGGUCCUAAUGUUUCCAACGCGAACGAGAGGGAAGAAGAACUGAAACUGAAGCUGCAAGACUGCGUUAAGCAGUUGAACGAAAAGGGGGCUUUGAUUCAAAAUCUAAAUUCUAGCAAUGCACGGCUUGCAGCUGAUAAUGCAGAAGUGACAGCUCUUAGAGAAAGAGUUCAAACGCUCGAAGAAAAGAUAAGGCAAACUGAAUCCCGGCUUGCGGAAGCUAACCUUUCGAGUGAAAGGAUUCAGCAGGAACUCAAAAUAAGGGAAGAUGAAAUCGAGUCUGUGAAGGAGAACAUAUAUGCUGCAGAAAGUAGGGCCGGAAGUGCAGAGGAAAAAGUUUCACAAUUAACGGACUCAAAUCUGGAGUUGACUGAAGAGGUCGACUUUCUAAAAGGUAGCAACACGAAGAAGAUUAGCUUACUCGAGAAGCAGUUAAGGGAUUUAGAUAUCCAGCUGCAGCAUGCUAGGGCAUCCUCGGAAGCAAGCCAAGAACAGCAGAACUUGUUAUACACUGCCAUCUGGGAUAUGGAAACAUUAAUCGACGAGCUGAAACAGACGAUCACGGAAGCUGAAAGUAAGACUACGAUUUCUGAGGAGCAGCGUGUCGUUCUGUCUGAAGUGAAUUCGGACCUGAACAAAGAACUAGACUUCGUACGAUCUAAAUUGGGAUUCAUGGAGGCGACUUUGGACAAGGCUGCUCUUCAGAAAAGAUCGAGUGCUAAAGACAUCAGCAUCAAAAGUAGUGUAAUCAUGGAUAUGGUUAUGCAGAUAGCGGUAGAGAGGGAACGUAUACAGAAACAGUUGGCCUCCUUGACAAAGGAAAACAAAUUGUUGAGAGGAAAGCUACAGAAUCAAGCAAAGAUCGCACCUCUUAUCCUGCAAGACGAAAAAAGUUGUGAUGAUCGAGAAUCACUGUCUUCGGGGCUUGAUUUGGGUAAUGUAGAAUCUGCAGAGCAUUCUCCAGCUAUGGCCACAGAGACUACAUUAGAAAAUUUUGAGGUGGAAAAGGCAAACACAAGUUCUUCUUCCCUCGAUGAGAGUGGGACAGGGUUGUCCAGUUUGGUUGACGAAAGCACAAGUUCAGUUCUGGACGUGGAGGCUGAGUGCUUGGUUUCGAAACAUAGGUCUCGAAAAGUGUAUCUAGUCAUGGCAACUCUGGUUGUGUUGGUACCCAUUUUAGCAGUGCUUUUGUUCCAUGAAUGACUUGUUGCCUUCGGACCCAUUGACUGUUGAUCUUCGAGCUGUGAGUGAUGCUCGGGACUUGUUGUGAUACUGCUGAACUUGGACCCCAUCAGAUGUAGGCAUGAUUGUAUUAUGAAUAUGGAAAGUGAGUGUGAAUAUGCAAACUAAUUCUAGCCUCAAUCAACUGCAAUUCUUUCAUUGUAUUUUUUUUAGGAAGGUUCAAACAGAGAUCCUUUUAUAUCUUAUCCUAGCAUAUGUACUGUAUUACUUUGUGCAACCUGUGGAUUUGAUGCAUGAAUUUUUUUGUUCAAAGUCAUUUAUGUUAGUUA